AACACCAAAUAUCCACGCCAAACGCAAUCGAUCUGAAGAAAAUAGUUGAGCUUAAUUAUUUAAAUUAAGCUUAUUAUUGUGUUUUAUCAUCAUCUCUCGUAGACAAAGAGAGGAAAGAAGAAGAAGAAGAAAAAGAAAUGGGAGGUAACAUGUCACACAUUGAAGACUCGGAUGAAUCUCCACGUGAACACCAGUCUCGCAUCGUGGCCUGCCAUUCCAAGGAACAAUGGAACACCCACUUUGAUGCCGUCCAAGACAGCAAUAAACUGAUGGUGAUUGAAUUCACGGCUACGUGGUGUGGACCUUGUAGAGCCAUGGAGCCAAUCCUCAGAGAGUACGCUGAUAAAUUCACCGAUGUUGAGUUUGUCAAACUUGAUGUCGACGAGUUUCCGGGUGAAGCAAUGCAGUUUAGUGUGCAGGAAAUGCCUUCAUUUGUAUUCUUGAAGGGAGUGGAGGUGGUUGAUAAGCUCGUGGGGGCCAGGAAAGAUGAACUGCAGAAGAAGAUUGAGAAUCACAGGAACUGUGAUUAUAAUGUCUGUUUCUAAAGUUGUUCGGCAAAAAUUCUAUUAUGUUCUCUAGUAUAUUAUAUUUUAAAAACUUUAACAGUUAGAUUCUAAUCAUUAUACUAUUAAUCAAGAAUCUAAUGAUCAAAUAUCUUAAAAUAUAACGUAAUCCGAUGCAAAGAAAGAAAUUUCAUUUGAUCAUGUAAUUAACCUGACUUUUGGUAUAGUUUGGGAUUGCUACU